UCGGGCUUUGCAUCUGGCGCAGCGAUCUCUAUGAGAGCAGAAGACGAUGCGUGCGAGAAAGAAGUUCGCUCCACAAGUGCCACGAGUGGAAAGCCCGUUUUCUUUCACUACAUGAUCGGAGAGAUCACCGCGCCGCACUGCGAGAAGGACGUCAAGGAUGCUCUCGCUCUAGGUGUCGACGCAUUCAUCCUCAACAUCGAUACCGUUACCGCGAGCUGGGCGACAGGAACGGUCAAGAGGCUUUUCGACUCGGCCGCGGCGAACAACUUCAAGUUGUUCUUCUCGUUUGAUAUGAAGGGAUAUGAUCAUCCCAACAAGUUCACCAAUUACUUGCUGAGUUAUGUUGAUAACCCCGCUUAUUACAAGUACAACGGCAAACCUAUGGUUACCACUUUCAACGGUGGAGCGGAUAAGUUCAAGUUCGGACAGGGCUCUGUGAAUGAUGGGUGGAAGACUCAGUUGCAACAAGUCAUGGCUAAUGCUGGGAAACCUAUCUAUUUCGUUCCGGCUUUUGCUGAUGUUGGAGUUAAUGCGGAUUUCUUCACCAAGAGCUACCCAACUCUUGACGGGUACAUAUCUCCUCUCCACUUUUCUCUUCAAAACACACUUACUAACAAUCCAUCAGAGCAAUGAACUGGGAAGGCGCCUGGCCUGGCACAGGCGCCAGCGGCGAAGUCCCCACCAAAACCGACGCAACCCUCCUCUCCGCCGCCCACAGCUCCCAAAAAACCAUGAUGAUGGGCGUCUCACCCCUUCAAUUCAAGCACCUGGACAAAUCCAACAACUGGUACCGACGGGGCGAACAAAACCUCGAGAAGCGCUUUGCACAAGUCCUGAGCAUGCAGCCCGAUAUGAUUGAGAUGAUCACCUGGAACGAUGCCGGCGAGAGCCAUUACAUGGGGAACUCGUGGCCCGAGCCGCUUUCGACCUCGACGAUUGGGACGUACACGAAGGAUUAUGAUCAUACGGGCUACUGGCAGAUCUUGCCAGCGUUCUUUCAGGCGUAUAAGAGGGGGGAGACGACGACGGAGGGGAUGGUUCCGACGAAUGGGAAGAGUGUUCAGGGGACGUUUUGGCAUCAUACUUUACUUGCUGCUGGUGUAAGGUUUUCACAUCUCACUACUUUGUGACUUGGGUACUAAUAUUGUGUAGACUUGUCCUAAGAAUGUUUUAUCCCGACCAAAUGGAGCUACCACGAUUGAAGAUCGCGUUUCUGUAUAUCCCCCCCCCUUUCACUCCUUUACUUUCUACCCGUGAAACAGUGAAAUACACAGUACUCACAAACAAUAGGGCGUCAUCCUCGUAGCAGCCGGCCAAACAGGUCUGAGUGUCACCGCAACAAGCGGGAGCAAGAACCUCGGUACCCAAGCUUUGAACGCUGGGUACAACAGCUUCUCCUUCACGGGGAUGACUACCGGGACUGUGAACGUGAAGGUUGUUGGUUCGAAUGGUGCAUCUGUCAUUCAAGGGAGCGGGAAGAUUGCUGUGAGUUUCUCCUUUUGUUGUGGUGUUUAUGUUGAUGUACUGAUGUAAGUGAAUAGGUUACUGACCAAGCUGCGAUUUGUAACUACAAUUUCCAGGUUGUUGGGUUGGCGUAGUUCUUCGUUGAGCGUUUGAGGCUACCGGUACGGGCUUUUGGGGGAGAUGGAGUGGGUACUUUGAAGUGAAGUGGUUUUUGUGUAUAUAUCUUUUUUGUGGACAUGGAUUGUAG